AAUCUCAUUUCGAAGUCUUGAGUUUGGCAAAGGUAAGUCAGGACUUCCCUUGUUUUUCACAGUUUUACUUUUGGUUGCAAAGGGAGUCCAGUAUUACACGUAUUUAAAAAAACUAGCUGCCAACAUUUUUUUUGCGUGAGUUGUUCAAAUUAUAUUUUACUGGCCAGGGAAGAUUAUUUAGCUUCUCGAUCUACGCAAAGCGGGUUUCGAAUGUUCUUAAAAAAUUGCGGCAUUUUCUAUCGCAAAUUCAUAAGACUGUUAUAUUUCAAAAUAUGCUGCAAAUUCAUUUGUGUUGCUGUUGUCAGAUUCUGAUGAAAAGAAUAUACAAUUAAUGGGAAAAACUUACCAGAAUAGAUAAAUAACUGAUAAGCUCGGUGCUUGCUAUGUUUUGUUUUCAAAGGUGCCUAUCGAGAUUCAAAAAACAUCAUGGUCUGAAUGAGCUUGUAGAGAUUAUCAUUUCUUUUCAAGUGACAUUGCUAAAGUUAAAAGGAAUUUCUAGAAAUUAAAAACGCUUCCAACAAGUUUCUGUCAUCAAAGGCACUCCAUUCCAUUCGAGGGAUAGCAGGUAACAUUUCUUUGGACUAAGUUGUUGGUAUGGGAAAACUAAAAUAGGUUAGGAGUUACUGGCUGAUCGAGGUUAUUACAUUGGUUAUUAGAGGACGGCUUAUGUUGUCUGUAUAUAUGUUAUAUUAAUUUGGUGGUUUCUUAAUUGGGUAGUGUAUUUGACAGCUAUUUUCUUUUCCUUUUGUUAGUUUAGAUUGACUGACCAUUUCAAAAUGAAUCGCGCAAUUAUUGCUGUAUUUUGGGUGUUCAUUGUGUGUUCCAUCUUAACCGUGAGUAAAUUAGCCUGAGGAAACUACCAACAUUUUGAGAUGCCACAAAUGGCUUCCCCGAGUAACGACAUCUGAGAAACGAGCGCAGAAGAAAAUCCCGUACUGAUGACGUGUCACUUCCCAGAUCUGGGCAGUGAAACAUCAUUAGUCUCGAAUUUCUUCGCUCGUUCCUCAGACGUCAUUUCGCGGGGAAACCAGAAGUGUCUUCGCGAAAUGUGGGUUGUUUUCUCCAGUUUGAUUUUAUGACAACAUUAAACGAAAAACCGCUCCCAAUUAGUCUUUCGUCGCAUUUCCUUACACCUUUUCAUAAAUACAAUGUGUAUUGUUCAAGUUACAGUAUGAAAAGUUAUAUAUUUUCUCUUUUAGGGUCAGGUCUGGUCAGCUUCUUAUUUUAAGCGAGACCACCGUAAGUAGUUUAUUAUUUAAGUGUAAAAUAAAUACAUUUGCAAGAAACCAUUCGGUAUGUACCUUAAACAAUCAACAUGUUUUUUUCCAUAUUUAGGCAUUGCUCGUUUGUUAUAAGCAUGCGCAAUCUUCUUGCCUGCUCAUAUUAUAUUUUCGUCCCCAGGGUCACUCACUUUUAACCUACGCUCUGCACCGUGCACUUUACGGUUGAAUCGCUAGCUCCGAAAUUUAGCAUGAGUUUGAGAAAGUCUGGGCGAAUCCUUUUGCCUUUGUUUACAUUUUUGCCUUGGUAACAUAUGCUUAUCAUUAUCUACUAAAAAAAUCUCUGAAUAUCAAAAAAGCGACGUGUAAGGGAAUAAAACAUUUUCACAAUGCUCGCCAUCUUUGCAAGCGCCAUAGGACUGAUGGGAUAAAAGCGAUGUCACGUGGUAUUUCAGGGCAAACAAGUGAUAAGAUUUGCCAAUACUUGAAAUCGCGGUCGAACAAACUGCUCAACUCAAAUUAACCAGCUCUUUACACUUUUGAACAUGAUUUGUGUAUACUGUGACUUAUUCUAUGUGUUUACCCCUAAUAAGCAAAAAUGGAAACAAUGACGUCAGCACUAAUCGGCUGGUUUUUAUGGGCCAGGGAACUUCUUAAUGCGUUUCCUCUCUUCUCCUAGCUGCAGUCGGGAGGGUUAAUUAUUGAGUGUAUUUCAUUUCUCUGUUCUUUCAUUUUUCUCAUGUUUGUUGAAUCAGUCUUAUGUUUGGUUUUUAUAUCAUUCACGGUAGUCAAUCUGGAUGCUAUGGAGAAACGUCUGUUUGGUCUGGACGGGGGAUGCCCUAAGCCCGGCCGUUUUGGCCUCUGUGUUGAGCUUUGCGGUGUAGGUGGUGGAUGCUCAGGAGGAAAAAUAUGCUGCUUUAACGGGUGCGGUCACCAAUGCAUGUCUCCUGCUGGUAAGUAUUGAAUCUGCUUCUCCUUAACCCUUCAAUGAAAACAUUGACCAGCAUUGAAUAUCUCCCCAUAACAGUCUCGUGGAGGAAACAGUCAUUACAACAGUGGAACCCCGUUCUACGCUCUACGUUUAAUACGGAUCAUUAUAGAAAUAUUUUCAAAAAUUGUUGCAGUGGAAGAGAAACCUGGUUUUUGUCCCAAACUCAAACCUGGCCAGGCUGGCAUCUGCGUUCUCGCCUGCCUAGCAGAUAACGAUUGUUCAGGAGCCGAGAAAUGCUGCCAUACUGGAUGCGGCUACGCUUGCAUGAAACCACUUGGUAUGUCAAUCAACAUGGUGUCUCCAUAUUUAGGCAUUUUACGUUUGCUACAAGUAUACGCAAUUCUCUUGUCUUCUUACUCUCCGCAACUUCUCGGGCCCGAAGAAAUUUAAAAUCAGCUUACAAAUCGGUCCAUUUUGCUCCAAUAACUGAUAGUUUCAUCGUAUCAUUUUCAAGGUUGAUAAAAUUUUGAUCUUGAAUGCAAACAUUUACGGCAAACAUAAACCAGCUUUACGGGCCCGAAAAGUUGCCGGGACUUUUGAGAAACAGGCCUCAGCAUCGAAUAUCUCCCCAAUUAUAAUACUGAGUUAUCUUCUACAGUAGAACCCAGUUCUACGCUCUAUUUAAUACGUACCGACACCCAGAUACUUGUAUAGACACCAUGGUAUGUCCAUUGCAUGGUAUCCGUAUACUAACCGGGUUCCACUGCACUGAUUGAACAGGAAAAAAUGUCGCAAGGUUUCAUCAUUAGUCGUAUAAAAUUGUGUGAAAAUAUGCAUUUUUUUUGUUGAAAUUGCAAUUCGGUGGAUGAUUUUUAAUUAUCAAGAGUGCUAUUUUCUCGACUGCUUUUAUUCAAGAUUGUAGUCAGACAAAUACUUAGGAUCGAUUUCCGCCGUCUUUUUCCCGAACAGCGGCUGGUAAUCGAGCCUAACAAAUACUUUGAUGGCUACGUGAUUGUCAUGAUCACUUCGAUGACGUGAUAAUGAAUAUGAUACGACGUGUCCAAUCUUCUUGUCAGCUUGUACUCAACCUCAACCUAUGUAUCAUGCACACGUUACCGUGGAAACAUGUUCCAAAAAUUAGGAUCAUAAAGAAUCCUCGCUAAAGUCACUAGUUUGACCAAGUAGAACGAGCUUUACCCCGACCAGAGAACCCACACGUAUCAGAACGAUUUAACUCUCAUAUUGCGUUUGGGCUGCCUGUGGUCUCCCUAUACUCCCACCCAUGCAGAUGAGAUAAAAUUGACAAGCCACACAUCUGUCCUGUCUUUAUCGUCACAUUACCGACAUUACUGAUAAAUCAACAUAGACUUCCAGCCAUCAUUUUCACUAUAUAUAUAUAUAUAUGCUUCCUACCAAUCGAAUUUUUUACAAUUCAUACACAGGGAUAACUUUUUAGAGACGCGUAUUUGACAAAAUGUACUCUCCUUUUCUGUUAGAAACAAGAGGGCGACGCUAGCUUCUACUAUGAAUCCCAUGACUGACUGAUCAUUUUUCCA